UUACAUACUUUUCUUCCUUCGAUUCCCCAUUCUGCUUUUCUUGAUUAGAAGUUUCGCAGCAGAAUAACGAGUUGAGGGCUGUACCAGGCAUGCCUGGGCUCUUCUCGCACAAUGGCCUACUCGGCGGCCGCAUCAGCGGUAAAGCUCUUGAGGUGGGAGUUUGUGUCACAGCGGCUUCUGGAUUUCUGUUAUUCGGAUACGACCAAGGUGUCAUGAGUGGAAUCAUCACCGAGCCAAUGUUCCUCGAAGUCUUCCCGCAAAUGGAACCCAACAAUAAAUCUGGUGCUAUUCAAGCUCUCGUCGUGGCCAUCUACGAGGUCGGCUGUCUUCUCGGCUCUAUGAUGAUCGUGGCUGUUGGCGAUCGACUUGGCCGUCGGCGGUCUGUACUCAUUGGAACUGUCAUCAUGCUUAUUGGAACUGCGAUUCAGGCUUCGGCGACUACGCUCGGCCAGAUGAUCGUUGGCCGAAUAGUAACCGGCUGGGGUAAUGGAAUGAACACCAGUUCAAUACCGGUCUGGCAAUCCGAAAUGGCACCACCGAAAAUUCGUGGAUUCUUGGUGCUGUUCGAAGGUGCUCUGAUCACUGGUGGUAUCAUGCUGUCGUACUGGAUCAACUAUGGCUUCUGGUUCGUCACUCAACAUGGCUCAUUCCAAUGGAGAUUCCCAAUCGCCUUCCAAGCAGUAUUCGGGAUUGCCCUCAUUAUCGGUGUCCUGCUCUACCCCGAAUCACCACGAUGGUUGAUCAAGAAAGGCAAAGCCACGCAGGCUCGCGAGAUCAUGUCCAUCCUGGAAGGCAAAGACGUUGAAGACCCAACCUUGAUCGCCGAUAUCCAGGAGAUGCAGCGAGUGAACGAAAUUACCUCGUCUUCAAAACUGACUGCUAAGGAACUUCUUUCCAAUGGCAAGGAGAUGAACCUCUGGAGACUGAGCGCUGCUUGCGCCGCGCAGGCCUUCCAGCAAUUAGGCGGGUUAAAUCUGGUAACUUACUACGCUACGACAGUCUUCGAGGACUCGUUGGGUUUCGACCCAGAACUGUCACGGUUAAUGACAGGGUGUCUCGGGACCGAAUUUUUUCUCGCAGCUCUGGUAGCCCUGGUCGUAGUCGACAGACUCGGCAGAAGAAAACUCAUGCUUUGGGGAGCAAUGGGCAUGGCAAUUUCUUUACUCAUCAUUGGUGCAUGCCUGAGCAAAGCUACGGCUACUUACAAGGCACCUGCAUACGCCGCUACGGUCUUCAUCUUCGUAUACAAUACCUGCUUCGCCAUUGGCUGGCUCGGAGUGACUUGGCUUUAUCCUGCUGAAGUUACACCUAUCAGGAUUCGAGCAGAGGCAAACGGGUUCUCCACCAUGUCCAACUGGAUUAUCAACUACGGCGUGGUCCAGCUCGCGCCAAUCAUGAUCAACAAAAUUGGUUGGCAGACAUAUUUCGUCUUUAUGUGCUUCAACUUCAUGCACGUUCCCGUGGUCUUUUGGUUCUUCCCAGAGACAAACGGAUACAAGCUUGAAGCCAUGGACGCGAUCUUCGAGCGUGCGCACGAGAGAGGCGAGAAUCCAGUAUGGACUGAAAGAAAGGUGAGAAAAGGCAAAGAAGGAUUGGAUGUGGAAAAGCAUGACCACGAUGGCGUCGCAAGCACAGAAGAGCCGGAGGGCGGGGUGAGAGGAGCAGAGUUGGAGAAAGAGGAGAUGUCGAGAGACUCAGAUGCCGAUGUUCGUUCGAGUCAAGGAAUGUGA